UUGGCCGUAGUCCCGCGGCCGCCCGGCAGUCCGGUGUAUGUGCGGCAACAACAUGUCGGCGCCGCUCCCCGCCAUCGUCCCGGCCGCCAGGAAGGCGACGGCCGCCGUGAUUUUUCUUCACGGACUGGGAGAUACCGGGCAUGGAUGGUCAGAAGCACUUGCAGGUAUCAAAAGCCCCCAUGUAAAAUACAUUUGCCCACACGCGCCAUUUAUGCCGGUUACUUUAAACAUGAACAUGGCUAUGCCAUCAUGGUUUGAUAUCGUUGGACUUUCUCCAGAUUCGCAGGAAGAUGAAGUUGGGAUCAAAAAGGCAGCAGAGAAUGUUAAAGCACUCAUAGAUCAAGAAGUAAAAAAUGGAAUUCCUUCCAAUCGAAUUAUUCUGGGAGGCUUUUCUCAGGGUGGAGCUUUAUCAUUGUAUACAGCUCUUACAACGCAUCAAAAGUUAGCAGGUGUUGUAGCCCUCAGCUGUUGGCUUCCUCUGCGUUCCUCUUUUGUUCAGGGUGCUGUUGGUGUCAAUAAGGAGAUUCCUGUUCUUCAGUGCCAUGGGGACUGUGACCCACUUGUUCCUUUAAUGUUUGGUUCUCUUACUGUUGAGAAGCUAAAGAGUAUGAUAAAUCCAGCCAAUAUAACCUUCAGAACUUACUCUGGCAUGAUGCAUAGUUCAUGUAUUGAGGAGAUGAUGGAUAUAAAACAGUUCAUAGACAAACAUCUACCUCCCAUAGACUGAAAUGACACGUGAGAAGCCUUCUACAUAAACACCAGCAUCAACUGUGGUAGAGUUAGUCUUUUCACAUGCCUGAUAAGAAAGCAUUACUUCUGUACCUGCAGUGUUACUACUGUGUUGCAAAUUUAUACUUAAGACAAGGAGUAAAUUGUACACAUAUGUGAGAAAUGAUAAUCUUUGUAGUAUUGAUCAUCCUCUGAUGGGAUUGAAAAAUGAUGCACCUAGGUAACAGUGAUAGAAUGUAACCUGAAUGUAACUAUUUUAAGACUUGUGAUUGCAGAAUUUUAAACUAUUUGUACAAUCAAAGACUAAACUUAUGUGAGCAACAUAAAUGUGACCAGUUUGGUAUACUUGAGACAUGAUUUGUUCUUAGUACUCGUUGAAAACAAAUUAAAACAUUUUGUGUAUGUAAUGGAUGUAUAAAGUGCACAACAUGUAACAAAGUGAGCAUAUGAUUGUAGAAUAAAUGUUACUGAGGACAAAGCUUUAAAUGUUAAACAUUGUUGCUCCAAAUAGGGUUUUUCUUCUAGAGUGACUAUUAUAGUCAGCAGAAAUAUUUCCUGCACUUAAAACACCUCAGUUUUAAAUGUUUUCAUACAGGUAGAUACUGUGGAAAUUAUGAAGGCACUCAUUCCUCAUUAGACCGUCAUUUGUUGCUAUGCUGCUGUCAUUUAGUUUGGAUUACUAUAAAUUUAUGCCAAAUGCUGACUCGAACAGAAUUCUGAAGAAGUGCAUAGGAAUAAUUUGAGUUUUGUUUAAAAUUCCUAUUUUCAUAUUGAAUAGUCACCUUACACUUGAAAAUUGUAGCUUUCAUUUAUAUAGAAAUGUUGAUGAUGUAUUUUACAUGAGCUAUUCCAGCAUAUAGUUUUGACUUUACUGCCUGCUUUGGAGUAACUGAAUGAAAACAGUGCAGCUGUGUAGUUUUUAGUUUUGUAUAUUGUUGAAUCUCAUCCAUAACACAUUCUUACCAUCUACUACUUUCUUUUCUUCAUACUGACACUUGAGAUUUGUCUGGAAAAGAACACAACUUUAUUUUCAACUGUAUGAUUUUGCAUUUCCCUAGAUUAUUGUAGCCUAAAAAUAUGCUGAACUACUACUGGGGGAAAAAAAUCUUCAAGAUAAAAAAUGUCACUUCUUUCAGAAGCUUACAAUUCUAAAGUGCUCUGGAUUACAGAAAUCAGUGUGACAGCUUUUUUUUUUUUUUCUUUUCUUUUGUAAUAUACUUUCUGAAGUAGAUGUUCUUUAGAGUUUAUAGACCAUCACUAUGUGCCUAAUGUUUAAAAAAGACACCAUGGUUUUUACUACAUAAUAUGGUGCAUAACAAUGUUCUAUACUAAAAUAUGUUUGCAAGCAAAGAAUGUUCCUGUCUUGAGUGCAUCUGUGAUGAUCCGUGAUGAUCUGUUUUGUCAGCAUUGUGAUUCAUACCUACAUAAAAGGUACUUACUCCUCAGCCAAAUUAAUCAGCGGUCUUCUUACAGAACAUUUGGAUUUAUAUCAGAGGCAUCUGCCAGUACAAAUAUAUAUACAUUGGGAACUGCAGUCUCUAACAUAGCUGCUGCCAGAAACCUGACACAUUCACUUUGAGUUCUCAGAUUUUAGUACUUUUCUUCAUAUAUAUCGAACUUCAUUUUUAGGAAGCCAAUUUACUUUCCUAAUCCAGCUUCUCUGAUAUACUGAAUAUCUCUUAAUAUGUAAAACUUAAGAAAUGAUUUAUUUUCACUGUAUUGGAAAAAUUCUAGAAAUUCUGUCUGUGGCUGAGGAAAGUAUCAAGUUUGAAGUUUAAUUAGUCUUUUUACUUGGUCACCGUGUUCUGUAUAUUUGCCAAUUUGCCCUUCAGCUAAUUUUUUUCACAGAAGGAAACAUAGUGUUAUUGCAGUGGUGCCAAUGUUCUGUUGAGAAAAUAGUGUUUUCUAGCUUGGAGUCAUUCCCAAAUUGCAUUAGCUAAUAUUCCAGUCCUGCUGAAUUGCAAACUUGGUAACAUAGCUAUAUGUUGCCCCUACAUUUUAGAAGGCCACUCAUUCCUCUAUGUCUAAACUAUGUCCUAAAUAUUGGCAUGUUUCCAAAGUUCUGUAUGAGCUUCUGAUUUUUUUUCUUGUACUGUUUUCUUGUGCUGUUUGUAAGUUGUUCAGUAACAUCAUUCUGCUCUUGUUUAUCUUCUAGCUGUCUACUUGUUUGACAUUUUUUUCUUCUGUUGGAAUAAUUUUAAAAAAUACUUUUAAGAUGCUAAAGUGAGAUCACUCCUAGCUUUAUUCUGCCUUAACACUUUUCUCUGAGGCAAUGUGUUCGUAGUUUGGAGUCAGUUUCUAGUACUUCUGCAUUUUCAGCUGUCAGCUUCAAUUGUUUUCUUCAUGAUGCUUUCAAAUGUUCUUCUAUAAAUGCUUUAUAUUGUGAUUGCAUUCAAAUACCUGGCUAUCAUAACAAGAUUUCUUGUUAUACCGUUGUUUUGCUGCUUACUUAAACCGCAAAGAGCUGUGUUACCAAAAUGUAUGUAAGUAAAUGUCAUGACUUAUUUGAAUUUCUGUCUUCUAAGAAGAGUCCUUCCUCAUGUUUGUGUUGCAGGGGAAGAUGUGUAUGUUGUCGUUAGAAGUUCCUAAAUAAUUCAGAAACUAGAGAAAACUUUGUGGAUGUAUUUGAAGCCUCUCCUGUCUCUUCCCAUAAUACAGUGUCCAGAGUUACUGACUUGACUUUAUUAAUUUCCCACCUACUUGGAAAGCUGUGUGUGAUCCUGUAGCUGAACUUAAUCACUGCCUGAUGUGAUUUGAUGCUAGGACAGUUGUCAUAACUGGUGUGUAUAAUGAUAGCUUGGCCCAGUGUAUUUAUUUCUACAAUUUCUAUUAAAACGGAGAUGUUGGGCUGUCAGUGUUCUAAAUAUAAAGAUCCCAUUCUCAGAAGCUACAAUUUAAAACUGGCCAAGAAUUAAUUUUAUUUGUGCAGUAUUAAACUUCCCCCAAAGGGUAUGAUGUCUGUCUAACCUGUUAAAGCAUUUGAUAUGAAAGUGUCAAUGUUUUUUUCUGGGGUUUUCUAACUCCCUACCGCAUUUCAGAUUCAACUGGUACUUACAUUCAGCUGCAGUUUUGUGAAGUCAGAAGUCUGACUUCUUGUUAGAAUAUGUUGCUCAUGUUUUAAAUAAGUGCAUCAAGUUAUGUGUUAUAAGCCAAGUCUUUCAGCCAGUCUUGAAGUACAACUGUGGUGAGGGCUGUGUGCUUUGGUUUCUUAUUCCUGCCUUGUAUGAUUACAACACAGUAGAUUGAUUAAAAAUGGUACUGUAUGCUGUAGCUGUUACUAGAAUUGUUAAUUAAAACAUGUUCUCUCUGA